AUGUCUUACUACCCUCGCUCUAACAGCCUUCCUUCAAGACUACACCUGAUCAUUUCAGAAGCUGAACAGCAUUUGUGCAGGUUAAGGGCUUCACUAUCAACUUCCACACCAACAUCAUCAAUAAGCCAUCAGAUAUUUGGCCUUCAAGAUUUGCAUUAUUGUGUUGAUCCGUUGCUUCAGUUGUUCCAGACUCAAAAGCAGUCAGUUGAUGAGCUAUUGAAUGGAUCUCUUAGGCUUUUGGAUAUCUGCAGCAUUGCUAAGGAUGCCUUGUUGCAAACUAAGGAAUCUGUUCAAGGACUUCAAUCAAUUUUUCGGAGAAGAAGAAAUGAUGAUGUUGAACUUGCAAGUGAGGUUAAGAAAUACUUGAACUCUAGGAAGACAGUGAAAAAGACAAUCCAGAAAGCUUUGAAGAAUUUGAAAGGCCUUAAUCGUCAGAGCUCCUCUCCAAUCUCUGAGGAAUACAAGUCAAAGGCCACGACUAGCAUACUAAAAGAGGUUGACUUAAUCACUUUCAAUGUCAUUGAAUCCUUGUUGUCCCUUAUCUCAGGGCCAAAGGCUUCAUCAAAACUAAGCAACUGGUCAGUAGUUUUCAAGCUAAUGCAGCCAAUGAAAGUAGUAUACGCAGAAACAAACACAAAUGAGUUUGAAAAGGUGGAUGCUGAAUUGUCAAACUUCAUUGAUCGCAAGACAAGCAAAUCUGGUAACAUGCAAAACCAGUUUAAAGAAUUGGAGUCCAACAUUCAAGACCUUGAAGAUAGACUUGAGUCCUUGAUGAGGCGUUUGAUCAAAACAAGAGUCUCAUUUCUUAACAUUGUCAACAAUUAA